CAGACCGCUGUUCUGGACUUUUUCUCCUCCAGUCCACAGCCGUCUCACUACGUUCCAGAUCAUUCCGAGUGGCAUGACUCAGACUGCGGCUCGGGCAGCUUGCAGAGAUAAUUACAUCGACCUCGUCACUGUGUACUCUGAUGAAGACUACACUGACCUGUAUAAUAUGAAGCCUUAUGGGUAUUGGAGCUGGAUCGGUCUCUAUCGCAGUGUGUUCAGUGAGAAAUGGUCUAAUGGUGAUCCUGUAACAUUCAGAAAUCUGGCAGGGGUUUGUGGGACAUCGAGCUACUGUGCUGCUAUGAAGACUGAUGGUUCAUGGGAAAGUCUUCAGUGCACAGGGACGCGAUAUUUCAUGUGCUAUGAAGAUGCUUCUUCACAGACUCCUAAUUAUCAUCUAAUCCUUGAGAGUAAGACCUGGUCUGGUGCUCAGCGUUACUGCAGGGGGAAAUACACUGACCUGGUCAGUAUCAGAGAUCAGCAGCAGAAUGAAGAGGUGAAGAUUAAAGGGUUAAACAGCACCACGUCCUUCUGGAUCGGCCUGCUGUGUGAUGACUGGCAGUGGACCGAUGGAGGAAACUCCGCCUACAGAAACUGGUGGAGUGGUCAUCCUCUAUCAUCACCAUACGACUGUGUAAUAUUGAGUGAAUGGGGAUGGAAUUCAGUAGCAUGCAGUAAUAAUUAUCCUCCUCUGUGCUACAGCAUUUCCAUCCAUGUGAGUGAUGAGGCUCUGAGCUGGGAGGAAGCGCUGGAUUACUGUCGUGACGGGAACAGGGCUGGAAUUCUCAACAUCGAUUCUGAAUCUGAACAGGAAGAGCUGGAGUCUGAGCUCAGGAGGAGGCGUGUCCCCCCAGGGAAUCUGUGGGUGGGGCUUGGACCGAACCGUCUCUCUGAGAUGAAGGUGUCGUCCGGGCCGCUGACCUGCGAGGACGUAGAGAGACAGACAGAACCUCCGCUGUCUCACUGCGCUGCUGACACACACACUGCAGAAGCAGCACCUGAUUAUGUGAUGGACUCUGCUGAACUUCGAGUCGUGUGUAAAUUGAAAUAAAAGGCGGUUUUCUCCAUGCUGGAAGAACAGAGCACUGCACAGUUGAGUGUUUUCCAGCACUAACUCACCUGAACCCUUCAUUAUGCAUGUGUUCACUAGGUGAUGAGUUGAAUCAGGUGUCAUAGAGCAGGAAAAAGCCUAAAGUGUGCAGGAACUGUUCACACACGCAGAGCUUUACACACCAAUUCACAUUCACCAGAAUAUCCACAAGAUGUACUUAAGGCUUUCAGACGAAUUCAUACAAAUACACACAUUUUUAAGAUAUUAAUCCUUUUCUCCAUAAUUCUUAAGAUACAAUUUAUUCAUGUUUCUUUUCUAUUAAAUCAAUAUAUAAUAAGAAAUAUAAUUUUAUUAAUUUCUCUUGUGAUAUCUUUUGUGUUGUUUCUCUUCAUUUGCAGCAGGCGAGUGUUUGUACAUUUAAUGAUCUGAUUCUACUAAAGUAAAGUUUUUGGGUUUUGGGGUUUAGUAGCUGAAUAAACACUAAUGUUGAGUUUAGAAACUAUUGAUGUUCUAUAUUAAUAAAAUGUAACCCGAUAUUUUUACAGUAAUAAAGUUUUCA